UAUCCAUAUCUAUGUAAAAGCUUCUCCACUGUUACUUCUCAAAAUAAAAUAUUAAAGCAGAUGACAUAGCCCACUGAUAUACUAUUAACAAUGGGAUUCUUUUUGAUUGCCCUUACAGUAGCUACCUCCAUUAUUUUUCUCUUCUUUCUUCACAAACAAAUUUUCUCAACCAAAAGUAACAAUGGACAGAAGAAGAGGGUACCUGAAGCAGCCGGAGCAUGGCCCAUUAUCGGCCAUCUCCCCCUUCUCAGUGGAUCCGAAUCCGAUCAGCUGCCUCACAAAAUCUUGGGUCGCAUGGCAGAAAAGUACGGUCCCAUUUUCGGAUUGAAGCUUGGAGUUCAUCAGGUUGUAGUUGUGAGCGAUCCCAAAUUAGCUAAAGAAUGCUUUACUACAAAUGAUUUGGCCUUCGCAAACAGGCCCAAAUCCAUGGCUUCAGAGAUUAUAGGCUACAACUAUGCCAUGUUUGGAUUUGCUCCUUACGGGCCUUACUGGCGAGAAACAAGAAAGAUAGCCACAAUUGAGUUGUUAUCCACAAGGCGAAUCGAGAUGCUCAAACAUAUCAGGGAAUUUGAAGUAAAAUCGGCUAUCAAAGAGACGUAUAAUUACUGGAUGAAGAACAAGACUACUAGUAAUUUAAAUGGUGCUGUGAAGAUGGAAAUGAAGGAAUGGUUUGGAGAUUUAAUUAUGAACACUAUGGUGAAGAUGUUAUUUGGAGGAGGGGAAGAAGGGGUAAAUAAGGCUCACAAAGCAAUUAGAAGAUUUUUCGAAUUGUUGGGGGCUUUUGUUGUGGCUGAUUUUUUACCUUAUUUAAGGUGGCUGGAUAUAGGAGGCCAUGAGAAGGCCAUGAAGGAGGUCGCUAAAGAAAUGGACUCUGUUGUUGAAAAAUGGUUAGCAGAGCAUAAAAGGAAGAGGGACUCUAAAGGAAUUAAAUCUGGAGAUGAAGAAGAUUUCAUGGAUGUCAUGUUGUCCAUUUGUCAAAACAGAGAUCUAGCAGGGUUUGAUGCUGAUACUGCUAUAAAAGGGACAUGCAUGGCUCUGUUGGCGGCAGGUACCGACACCAUCAUCAUAACUCUAACAUGGGUUUUAUCUUUACUCCUCAACAACUACGAAGCUCUAAAGAAGGCCCAAGAUGAGCUAGACGCUCACGUUGGCAAGAACAGAUUGGUCCAAGAAUCGGAUAUCAAGAGCUUGGUUUAUCUUCAAGCUAUUGUUAACGAAGCGUUACGUUUAUAUCCAACCGUACCACUUCUACUACACCACGAGGCCAUAGAGGAUUGUGUUGUCAGUGGCUACGAUAUACCAAAAGGCACUCGCUUAUUAGUGAACGUAUGGAAAUCUCAUCGUGACCCUAAUAAAUGGCCAAAUCCUCACGAGUUCAAGCCAGAGAGGUUCUUGACAACCCACAAAGAUGUCGAUGUUGGAGGAAAUCACUUUGAGUUAAUUCCAUUUGGUAGUGGAAGAAGGAUGUGCCCAGGAAUUCCUUUGGCCCUUCAAGUGUUACCCUUUGUAAUAGCCGCGUUGCUGCAGGGGUUUGACAUGAAGAGGCCUUCGGAUGAACCAAUUGAUAUGAGUGAGAGCUCUGGAUUGACAAUCUUCAAAGCUACUCCGCUCGAAGUUCUCCUUGUUCCGCGCUUGUUUCCCGUUCUUUACGAAUGAAAUGCAAAGUGUGUGCAUCAUGCCAUUAUUGUAUACUGCUAGUUUCUAUAUAUAUAUAUAUAUAUAUAUAUAUAUAUAUAUAUAUGUGUGUGUGUGUGUGUGUACAUAUAUAUAUAUAUGUGUGUGUGUGUG